GUUUAAACCCAAAGUCAGAGUGAUGACAAGACACUGAAACAGAGAUACUGCCAUCGGAAAUGUAAUGAGGAACUGUCAAAGUAAAGAGGAGGUUAACACUAAGACAGAGCGACCACAAGACACUGAAACAGAGACACUGACACCUGACAUGUAAUACUGCGUGGUAGUUGAAGGUUGCUUCAGUUGUGUCAGUAUGUCGUUACGGAGAGACUACGGUUGCAGAUUUGGGAUUAUUACAAUCAUGUUUCUGCUUUGGAAGGGAACCAUCAGUGAUGGAGAUUGCUCUCUAAUCAUAAAUAAUGCAGCAAAACAAUAUGCCGGGAAAUAUGGGUUCAGGCUUGAAGAUAAUAUUGGCCCAACAUUAAAGUGGACCUUUAUACAAAGACAUCUAAACGUUAAUAUCACAGAUCUCACAGAAAAGCCAGAAAUUAUUAUUACUCCCCAAAAGAACCUGGUUGCAGGAAAGAGUGUGACCCUGACAUGUAAACCUCCUGGAACUGGUAAAUGCCCUGGGCCAGCUCCAGAAAUCACAUGGGGGAAACUUGAAAAGAACAAUAAGGCUGUAUCUGAUCGAGAUAUUAUAUGUGGGGGAAAGAAUAUUAAAAUAUCUCAGUGUAAAGAGUCAGCAAUCACCUUUACCCUGUCUCAGGAUGAUCACAGAACAUCUAUAACCUGCACAGUGACUUUUCCAUCUGUGAAAAAAACUCCCCAGAGUUUAGUUACCCUAAACGUUCAGUAUCCUCCAUCCAUUUCUUUUUCUUCUGAAAUUCAAGGACAAUCUGCUACUAAUGACUCUGUAAGUGUGGACAAUGGAGACUCUGUGCUUUUUCGAUAUUCAGUAGACAGUAACCCACCUGCUAAUGUUACAUUGAUGAGAGGGGAGGAGAGGUUAGUUAGCACUGUAACUGGACAAGAGCUGAUCCUGCACCUUCAGAACAUAACGCUCAGAGAGGCCAGUACCUACACCAUCUCAGCAUCAAACCAGCACGGGAGAAAAAACAAGUCUGUGAUUUUACACGUAAUAAGUGCUAGUAAGAGGCAUGAAGAGCAAAACUGUGUGGACGGUUUUAAUGACAAAACAUUCACGAACCAAAUCCGUGAUAUAAUGAUCGGGUGUGUAUGUGGAAUUACCCUCGCAAUGUGUGUGAUUCUCAUAGUAAAAUUAAUUUCAAGGAAAAGGGAAAAACAAAAAUCAGAUGCUGUGCCAUCAUCUGGAAAUGAUAACACCAAUGAGAUCAAUGACAUGUACAUGAAUGUGCAUCCAGAAUCAAUGGUAAAUCCAGACUUAUCGAAUAAAAACAGAAAUAAAGGAAUGGAUGAACAAACUCCAAAUUAUUCCACCAUUAACUUCUCCGAUGCACCCUCAAACCCCAAACAAAAUCAUUUUGAGCCUGUAUACGCAGUGGUAAACAAGAAACAAUAGACAU